GUUUUUUCAUCCCGUCUGUAUCUAGUAAUGGGAAACUCUUUUCACACCACUUCAAUAUCGAAGUGACAUUUUCGUAGAGGGUUAGGAUAUCUUACGCAGCAGGUUAGGAUAAUUAACCUAGCUGGUUAGCAAAAUGAUUGUGUGUAACCUUUAUUUAACUAGGCAAGUCAGUUAAGAACCCAUUCUUAUUUACAAUGACGGCCUAUGGUUAGGGCUAUGGUUAGGACUAGGGUUAGGGCUAUGGUUAGGACUAGGGUUAGCGAAAAUGCUCUCCUAACAUGCUAAGAUAAUCACUUUAUAUCAAAGUGGCGUUAAAAGAGUGUGUCCCAUCUAGUUCCGAGUCUUUUGGCGGCAACUGGCGGUUUAUCACGGCAACUGGUUUGAUACAUUCACCUCUGAAGUCAACGUGGUGGACUUCUGUGGCCAGAACAUCCAGGGCAACGGGAUGAUUGUCAACUCACACCAGGAGUCCAAGAAGUACUACUUUGUCACCAUGGGAACAGACUGCCACUUCACUAUGCAGGCGGCCUCCCCCAAGGACAAGGUACAGUUCCACUUCCGCUUCUUCCUGGUCUACAGCCUGCUUCGUUUAGCACCCCAAAGUCCCACCCCCCUCUUUCCUGAGUCUUCGAAUCCAGUGGUGGAGCCAAGGGACCCGUGUCAUGCGGGGUCAUACAUUCAGUUCUAUGAUGGGCGGGACAAGAACUCGCCUCCAAUUGGGCCACCGCUGUGUGGGAAGAGCCCACCCCGUCCGGUGCUGUCCACAGGGAAUCACCUGACCCUGCGUCUGGUAACCCGCGGUACCCAGCCAAGAGUGGACUUUGUGGGGGACUUUACCUCCUUCAGACUGGGUUUUAACCAAUCCGCGUGCAGCGGCGAACCUUAUUUCACGUGUCGCAAUGGGAAGUGUAUCCCCAUGAGUCUGGUGUGUGACGACAAGGGCAUUGAUAACUGUGGGGACGGGAGCGACCUGGAGGAUCACCUGCCCUCAGGGUGCAAAGGUCACUUAGCAGGUCAGCUGGCUCCAGCCCAAGCCACUUCCCCAGCAGUGACCCCAACCCCUCCUGUCUUAAACCCGACAGCUUUUCCCAUGUCCACCUAUAGGAACUGUGGCACUCCGGACGGCAUACCCAAUCACAACUCAGUGACAGACUCUCCACCCUAUCUGUCUCUGCUGGCGCUCUUCAUCACCCUGGGUGUGAUAGCUGGUUUGGUCCUGCUGUGUUGGUGCUGCUGGUCUCCAGGCUGGUUCCUCUGCAGGAUCAUUGUCUGCCGCUUCCUACCCUGCUGUAACUCAGCCUGCGCCUCCUGCAAGCUCUGUGCCCGAAGCUGUUCCCAGAACAAGGAGCAUCGACUGGCUAAGGUUUCACCACAAGGACAGGUCACAAUCAACGAUGCCGCCUUGGCCCCCCUCACCACAGCCACGGCUAGCGCAACUACUGUCACUGUGUAGGGAGUCGCUAUAUAGCGUAGGACUAUUAUCGCUAUGUAGGGUAACCACCAUGAUGGCUAACAGUGAGACAGAUGGACUCAUGCACAUGAUGACCCAGAUUUCAUGUUCUAGACUGAUGGACUGAGAUGAGACACAUCUUUUUGCUAGUUUACAAGAAUGUCAUGGAUGAAGGGGUACUGCAGUGUGUACAUUUGCAUUUUCAGUGGAAAUGAGACAUUGUCAUUAUCUUCUCCCCACAUUUGGACAGUUCUUAAAAUGGGGGAGGCUUUACUUUUGAAUGUUUCACUCACUGUAUGAUCCUUUUUUGUUGUUGCUUUAAAAAAUACAUGACUGGCGCUAAAUCCGCUACACUCAAAUUGGUAUGAUUAGUUUUUUCCUUAAGUAAUCCUCUGUCUUAUGUAACCAUACCAAACGUAACAUAAGGACGAUGGUUUGUCGGGUGGAUGGGUAAGCGUAUAACAUAAACGUCAGCAACCCAAAGAUUGCGUGCUCGAAUCUCAUCAUGGACAACUUUAGCAUUUUAGCUAAUUAGCCACUUUUCAACUUCUGUCUACUUUUUAGUUACAUUGCAACUACUUAGUAUGUUAGGUAACCCUUCCCCUAACCUUAACCCUUUAAACCAACUCCUAACCUUAACCGUAAACCCUAAUCCCUAGCCUAGCUAACGUUAGCCACCUAGCUAACAUUAGCCAAAACAACUUGUAAUUCUUAACAUAUCAUACGUAUUUAAAAUGUGUAACAUAUUGUAUGAAUUGCAAUUCGUAACAUAUCAAAAAAGUUGUAAUUCGUAAAAUACCAUACAAAUGGUCAUUUCUAACAUAUCACAUGAAAUGGGUGAUGGACAACCACAAAUGAAUACCAAACGUAACAUAUCACACUAAUUUGAGUGUCCUGGAUUUUAAUUUACAGGUUUUACAGAGUCCAGGUUGCUUCUUCGGACUAUUUUGUAUUUAAAUGUGCUAGUUGACCAACGUAGGAGGUUAUUUUCUGAACGUAGUGUAACCCAGGUUCACCUAUUCAAUUCUAUCAAGGUUGGCAUAAGACUCCUUUACAAAAGCAUGAGAAAUUCCACUCCCCUCAACUUUUCACUCCCCUCAACCUGCUCCCACUGAAAUGUUAUCUUCCCACACGUGUAAGCCCGUUACUCAGCAGGGACUCGAUCCAUCUGCAGAAAAAUACAUCGUUUUGCUGCGGGAAACCAUACAUACUGUAUGUCACACUCAUGUCUGCCAUGUAAACUCAUCCUGCCUAGAUUGAGUAGACACAUAACCUUUCUUGGGUUUCCCGCUGUGCUAGUUGUGUAACUAGAUUACGCAGUGCCCCCACCUUUAUCUUUUGAGUGAUUUGGAGAGGUCCUCUCGAGGCUUCUUAAGGAUGACACAUGCUUGACUAAAUGCUGAGUUUUUCUCUUCUGAGUUGCCAAGUGACAAUUGAAGCUAUGGUCCUGCCAACCUCUCAAACUCUCUCUCGCUCUUAGAGACUUAAGAUACACAAAUAUGCCUGACACUUUAUUCAUGAGGUCAUGAACUAAGCUGGAAGAGAUGACAAUGAACAACAGGUGCAUUAGUAUAAUUUUAUACACUAGGGAGUCUCCCUAACUUUCAGAUAUGAUACCAUAAAACACGUGUUCUCAACACCACAAACAAGAGGACAUAGGGGUUUGAUUGUGUCACACAGCCAAAAUGAUUUGUGUCCCCAGAACUACUGUGUAAAUACAUUCUUUCCCGUAGAUGUUUCAAAUGUUUCAAUGUAUUCAGAAUGCUAGUGAUGUCUACCCCUACCUUUUGUAUUAUUGACAACCUCCAUAUUCAAAAGCAAAGUGUGCGUUUAAAGCAAGGUGUGUUUGCUUAUAGUCAUAUGUUUGUCUGAAAUGUCAUCAUUAUCUAUUUUUCACAAUUUUGUUUAAGUUUAUACUUUAUUUCUCAUGAUAUUUCCAAAGACAACUAGGAAAUUGUUCAUGUAAUCACCGCUGCCUGAUAUACACUGAGUGUACAAAACAUUAGGAACAAUUGCUCUUUCCAUGACACAGACUGACAAGGUGAAUCCAGGUGAAGGCUAUGCUCCCUUAUUGAUGUCACUUAUCAAGGCGAGACCCAAAUGCAGACACAGGAGGCAAAUGGUUGGAGUCUUACAAUGUUUAUUCAUCCAAUGGGGUAGGAAAGAGAAUGGUUGUGGACAGGCAAAAAGGUCAAAACCAGAUCAGAGUCCAGGAGGUACAGAGUGGCAGACAGGCUCACGGUCAAGGCAGGCAGAAUGGUCAGGCAGGUACAGAGUCCAGAAACAGGUAAGGGUCAAAACCGGGAGGACUAGAAAAAUGAGAAUGCAAAAAGCAGGAGAACGGGAAAACUGCUGAUUGACUUCAAAACAUACCAGACAAACUGGCACAGAGAGACAGGAAACACAGGGAUAAAUACACUGGGGAAAACAAGCGACACCUGGAGGGGGUGGAUACAAUAACGAGGACAGGUGAAACAGAUCAGGGUGUGACAGUCACUUGUUAAAUUCACUUCCAUCAGUGUAGAUGAAGGGAAGGAGACAGGUUAAAGAAGGUGGUUUAAGCCUUGAGACAUUUGAGGCAUGGACUGUGCCAUUCAGCGGGUGAAUGGGCAAGACAAAAGAUUUAAGUGCCUUUGAACAGGGUAUGGUAGUAGGUGCCAGGUGCACCGGUUUGUGUCAAGAACUGCAACGCUGCUGGGUUUUUCAUGCUCAACUGUUUCACUUGUGUAUCAAGAAUGAUCCACCACCAAUGGACAUCCAGCUAACUUGACACAACUGUGGGAAGCAUUGGAGUCAACAUGAGCCAGCAUCCCUGUGGAACGCUUUCAACACCUUGUAGAGUCCAGCCCCAAAGAAUUGAGGCUGUUCUGAAGGCAAAGGAGGAGGGCAGUGGUGCAACUCAAUAUUAGGAAGGUGUUCUUAAUGUUUUGUACACUUAGUGUAUGUAAAUAUAUGUUUGACAAUAUUCAACUUAGAACAAUGAAGAUGGAUUCGACAUUGUCACAUUAUAUACUGUAGACAAAUAGUAUUUUUUUAAUGAAAUGUACAAAUACUUUGAUAUUUGGCAGAAUAUGACACAAUAAGACAAUGCAUUAACUUUGA